AGAUGGCGGCGUCGCCCACCUACUGCGGCCUGGUCGACUGCCACUGCCACCUCGCCGCCCAGGAUUUCGACCUUGACCUUGAAGAUGUUUUGGAGAAAGCAAAGAAGGCUAAUGUCCUGGCUCUUGUAGCGGUGGCUGAGCACUCGGGAGAAUUUGAAAAAAUUAUGCAACUGUCAGAAAGGUACAAGGGAUUUAUUUUUCCAUGUUUAGGAGUUCACCCCAUUCAGGGGCUUCCACCAGAAACCCAACGCAGUGUCACCUUAAGGGAUUUGGAUGUUGCUAUUCCAGUUAUAGAACGCUAUAAAAAUCACUUGUUGGCAAUAGGAGAAGUAGGAUUAGAUUUCUCUCCCAGAAUUGCUGGCAGUGAUGACCAGAAAGGAGAACAAAGACAAGUCUUCAUCAGACAGAUCCAAUUAGCCAAAAGACUGGAUUUGCCUUUAAACGUUCAUUCACGUUCAGCUGGAAGACCAACUAUUAACCUUUUACAAGAGCAAGGGGCUGAAAAGGUGUUACUCCAUGCUUUUGACGGUCGCCCAUCUGUAGCCAUGGAAGGAGUGGCAGCUGGAUACUUCUUCUCAAUUCCUCCCUCAAUCGUGAGGAGUGACCAGAAGCAGAGACUUGUGAAACAGUUACCUUUAACAGCUAUCUGUUUAGAAACGGACUCCCCUGCGCUUGGUCCUGAAAAACAGGUGCGGAAUGAGCCCAAGAACAUUACCGUUUCUGCAGAAUAUAUUGCACAGGUGAAAGGUGUCCCCGUGAAAGAAGUUAUAGAAGUGACAACCCAAAAUGCCAUGAAACUGUUCCCCAGGCUACAGCAGUUGCUUCAUAAAUAGUUUUCUAGGUUUUUCCAGAAAUCAUUCAAGUCAACUAAUUGCAAGAUAAAAGAAAGGACUCUAGAAAAUCAGAACUUUUCAUUCUUUGGCCGCUAAUGGGAAGGACCUGAUGAAGAGAAGCCUGUACUAUUUGUAAAGGCAGUUCCGCAAGCUCAGGAGUGAAAAUUAUACCCAUCAAUGAAAAGGACAAAAAGGAUAACAAAAUGUCAAAUUGAGGUUGGGGAACAUUCUCAUAAGGGUUUUCCUUGAAACCUGCUGCCUUGCCAAGCUGAUUGGCCUCAGUUUGAAAGAAUUAGCCUAAGGGAUCCAGAUUAUUCAAGGAAAAUUGAAAGUCCACAAAUAAAAUGCAGUAAAAAUCAAGAUCAAAAUCAUCUAGGCCUCCUAACCCAGAAGUAGAAACUACCCAGAAGGAAAGAGCGUUUUAAAAAUGUGAACAAAAGUCUGGGCUGUGGUAUCACAGAAAUGACCUGGGAAUUCCCUAAUCAGCAGGAUGUAGAGAGAGGACCUAGACCCUGGAAAAAAAAAAAAAUCAACCUUGGCAUGGACUUCCCUUUGGCUGUUGGGUUUAUAUUCGAUUCAUCAUAAUGCAGUAAAGUGUUUUAACUAAGUGGGGGUGAGGGGGAUUAUAACUGUAAGCACCCCCUUUCUCUGUUUAUUGCUCCCCACCACUUAGUCCAACUACAAACAGCCCCAGCAUGGCCAGAGAAGGGAGGGCAUGUUCAGAAGAGGGCCUUUAACCUGGGUGGGCCUCCUGAGUUUCACUGACCCUUGUACAUUGACUUGCAUAGAGAACUAGUUUUCUUAAAAAAAAAAAAAAACCCUUACAAUUCUGAUUACGAUAACAAAUAUUUUAUUGUUUCAUUCCUAGAUAAUAUUCCAGUGUGACUUUUGCCUCAGCUUCCUAUCUACUAGGUAAGAAGCUUUGAAACAUAGACGGUUCAUAAAGAUUUGGUGGUUCUGUGGUAGCCUUUAAGGUACUCACAGAAAGUUGUGGGGUCUGCCAUUAUGCUAUAAGCCAGACAACCACUAAUGAAUAAGUGGAUGUACAGUCAGUCUUGUUAUAAGGCACAUUUUCAUUAUGUGAUUUGGUUAGAAUACUAUUGGAAAAUGAAGGAAAGCAUCUCUAAGUGGAUAUAACCCAACCCCCAAGUCAGCAUGGGUAGAUUUGGUGUAGAAGGAAACAGUCAUGCCCAUCUGUGUGGCAUCAGUCAAGCUUGAGUGUGAUUUUCUGUAAUACAGGGUUCUUCAGGAAUGCCACUACUGGAUAAUAGUAGAAUUGGCUGUUUGCAUUAGUACUCCCGGGUAGCUGUAUAUGCAGAAGUGCUAAGGGUGGCUGAUGGGUUGAUAUAGCCUGGAGUGGUGCAAAGUACUCAGGGACAGUUUUGUGGAGGACAUGAGUUUUCAGAAGGGCUUUGGAGAUGGAGAGGACUGUGGGCUGGCAGAUUCGAAGGGGAAGGAAGGUCCAGACAGGGGGAAAGGUCUAAGGAAUGGGUCCGAGACAGUAGAAUCGAGAGCGAGGUGGCUAAGAGGGUUAGUUGUAAACUUUUCUCUCUCAUAACCUAUUUUGAACGUCUCACCAAUGAACUUAACCAACCCUCUUUGAA